AUGUCCUCAACAGUCUCCAGGCGGAAUAGCUGCCGUGGAAGUCAGUGUGGAAACCGGGCAUCAUUUGAGUGCCAUGUCCGCCGCCGGGGCUCCAGCUGUUCUUACUUUUCCACCGGAGCGCAAACGGAAUUUUCAGUCAGUCUGAGCCAGUCGUUAUUUACUAUAACACUCCGGUUUCUGCUGGCUAUAGAUCUGUGGCUGUCCAAGCGGCUGGGGGUGUGCGCCUCUGAAGAGUCUCCAUGGGGCAGCAUACGGCCCCUGGUGCGACUGGUGGAGUUCUCCGGGCAUGUCGUCCCGUGGUUCAUCGGCACUGUGUAUACACUGCUCGGUGGAGAGACUGUGGCGGAGCAAGAGAUCAUGUUGAAUUUGGCCCUGGCUCUGCUGUUGGAUCUGUUCCUGGUCAGAGUUGUAAAGACACUAGUCAGACGUCGAAGGCCUACCAAGAACCGCUCAGACAUCCUCUCCAACUUCUUUGUGGAGCGCUACUCCUUCCCUUCAGGCCAUGCCACACGGGCGGCUAUGUGCGCCCGUUUCCUCUUAGCCCAGUUGGUGGACACAACCUCCAUGCGGGUGCUGGUGGUGGGAUGGGCCGGCCUGGUGAGCCUCUCCCGGCUACUGCUUGCCCGACACUACGUAACAGAUGUGGGCUUUGGUUUGGCUAUGGGAUACUGCCAGUACAGCAUAGUAGAGAGGUUGUGGGUGACAUGGGACUGCCUGCAGGACCUACUGCUCAUGAGGCUGCAAGAGAGACUCAGUAGGGUUUAUGGUGGACUCUGGAUGGCAGAGUGGAAACAUUAG